CAGUUUCAGUUUAGUUUCGCUCCUCGCCGGCGGCGGUCCACUUGUAAAUACUACCUGUGAAGGUUGCUAUUGUUUUGUUUAUUUCUCAGAGUAUCUGCUGGAGCUCUCUCUGAAUAUAACUCUCUAAAAAAAUAUAUACAAAAAAAUGACCAGUUCUCUGUGGCUCAGCUUGAGCCUGAGCUUAGUGCUCUUAAAUCAAUUCCCAGUGAACGCGGCUCCCAAUCUCGUUUGUUUCUAUGACUCUCGGGGCUACGAGCGUCAGGGCCUGGCCCAAUUCACCAUGACGGACAUGCAGUUGGCCCUGCAGUUCUGCACCCAUUUGAUCUACGGGUAUGCCGGAGUAAAUGCCGAUAACUUUGAAUUGCAGAGCAUCAACAAACGUCUCGAUUUCGAGCAACGUCACCUGGCUCAAGUGGCCCAAUUAAAGGAGUCCUACCCACACAUCAAGUUCCUGUUGAGUGUGGGUGGCGAUGCCGACACCAACGAGGGAAAUCAAUACAUUCAUCUCCUCGAAUCGGGCCAACAAGGUCACAAGCGAUUCAUCGAAUCGGCCCGCGACAUUGUGAGGCGUUUUAAUUUCGAUGGCUUGGAUUUGGCCUUCCAGCUUCCCAGGAAUAAGCCGCGUAAGGUUCACGGCGAUGUCGGAUCGGCCUGGAAGAGCUUCAAGAAGUUCUUCACCGGGGACUUUAUUGUGGACCAAGAUUCGGAAACCCAUAAGGCACAAAUGACGGGCCUGAUCAGGGACUUGAGUGCUGCCUUCCAGCAAAACAACCUGCUUGUCAGUCUCACGGUUCUUCCCAAUGUUAACUCAAGCUGGUAUUACGAUGCCCCUUCAAUCGCUAACAGCUUGGACUUUAUUAACCUGGGAACUUUCGAUUUUCUGACUCCCGAACGAAACCCCGAGGAAGCUGACUUCUCCGCACCACUGUACGAGGCUUUUGGCCAGAACCGAUUGGGCCACUACAACGUCAACUUUCAGAUGGAACACUGGCUGCUCCAACGCGUCCCGGCCAAUAAGCUGAAUAUUGGUAUUGCCACCUAUGGCAGGGCCUGGAAAAUGACCAAGGAUUCCGGGGACUCGGGUGAUCCGGUGGUCCACUCCACCGAAGGACCCGCCACUGCAGGAGCCCAGAGCAAAAAGGCUGGCCUGCUCAACUGGGCUGAGAUAUGCCAACUGAUGCCGAACCCGAGCAACAGGAAUGCCCAAGGACCAAACGCCCCAGUCAAGAGGGUUCUGGAUCCCACAAAGCGCUAUGGAAGCUAUGCCUUCCGCCCGGCCGACGACAAUGGCGACCAUGGCUUGUGGAUUAGCUACGAUGACCCGGACUCGGCUUCCAGCAAGGCUCAGUAUGCCAGAGUCAAGAAUCUGGGCGGAGUGGCCCUCUUCGACAUUACCCAAGACGAUUUCCGCGGCCAGUGCACCAACGAUCGCUUCCCCAUGCUCCGUGCCAUCAAAUACCGACUUCUCUAAGGAUUAUAAAGAUAUAUUACCAACUAAAUGUCACAAGCAAGCAAGGAAAUGUUGAAAAAAAAAUAUAUUUAUAAGGAUCAGUGGAGGGGGACAAAUGUCACCCAAUCGGCGGCCUAAGGUCUCCUUCUGUGUCUGUCCCUUUUUGCAAAUUAAUUACAAAGUUGUAAACUAAAA